CUGUCACAUUGUUUUUAAUUUUAGCGUGUUUGUGUCAGAUGUUUUUAGCAAAAUAAUACUCAAAAAUCGCAAAUAAAUAAUGAAUAAUUGGAAUAUUGAUGACUAUAAGAAGGAUUAUGAGCCCGAAGAGCAAUGGGAGCUGAGGAGAGCCUUCAUGGAGAAGCAUAAAAAGGAAAUUCCUGAGGAUGAACUUGUUUGUUUAGCUCAAACCAUGAUAAAUAUUGAAUUCCUAGGAUGCAGGUAUCCCAAGGAAGUUAUGCUAAGAGUGCAUGAGCUGUCAAAAGAAAUUCUAGGAGAUUUACGGAAUAAGCGCAAGAAUCGUCUGAGAAGAACAUUUGUUGGAGCUUCAGAUGCAGCAAAUGCCAAAGUUAAAAGAACUGGACUAGCAGAGACCCUCAAAAGACCUUCCGGAAGUGCAGUAGAAUGCCCUCAACCGGUUAAGAAGCAAAUCUUGGAAGACAAAGAGUACGAUCUCAAGGCAACGGAUUUCUCCUCAAAAUACGGCAAGAUCAUCAUUUACGAUCCUUCAGGAGAAUUUGAACAAUCCCCAAUUUCAAUCCUUCAAAUUAUUCGUGCUAAAUGCAAUGCGAGAGUAGUCGAGGAGAUGACUGAACUUCCAGAUGGGGAAUUUCGCAUGACUAUUGCAGUUAAUGGACAACUUGCUGGCAGCGUAGUAACGUACAGUAAAACGACACUUAAAAAAGAAGCAUACGAAAAGGCUUUAGCUGAGCUUCAGAAGCACUGCUACACCCUCAAAGUGAAACACUCCUUCCUGGCGAAGAAUAACGAAGCUAUAAGCAAAUAUGAGGAAGAGUGUUCAAAAAAAGCUUCUACAGAGAAUAAGAUUGGGGAGGAAAAUCUCGGUUUUAAGCUCCUCAAAUCCCUCGGCUGGAAAGGAGGAAGUUUAGGAACUAAACAGGAUGGAAUUGUGAAUCCUGUUGAGUUAUCUGUGAACAUUGGGCGUCAAGGACUUGGAGCAACAACUAACAGCGAUCAUUACAGGAAAAUGCUUCAGAACUACAAGAACACACCAACAUUAUAUGACCUUGUUUUUACAAAUGAAUUCAGCAGUGAUGAAAGAGCAGUACUGCACAAGCUCGCCAAUCAAUUGGGUCUCAAGUCGAAGAGCUACAGCAAAAAUGAGGAUCGUCAUUUGGUAAUCAGCAAAAAGAUCACGAUCUUUGAUAUUGCGAGGGACAUUAUUGAUAAAAGAGAUUCAGUUUUGCUGGAAAAGUUCAUCCUUUUACCUCCGGAAUCACAGCGAGAGCUUGAUCGUUAAGGAUACUUCGCAAUUAGUAGGAAUCAAUACACAAUUUAGCAUGUUUGUGUAGGUAAUUAAGUUCUUUUUAUAAAAGAAAUGUAAAAUUAUCAAAAAUAAAAGUGAAA